AUGUCAGCCCAGAAAAGGCCUCCAGAUGAUGACUCGAAACUUCCCACUUAUAAGUUGGUUGUUAUUGGUGAAGGAGGUGUCGGAAAGUCAUCGUUAACCAUUCAGUUCUUUCAGAAGCAAUUCGUUGAUUAUUAUGAUCCAACUAUUGAAGAUCAAUAUAUUAUACACUGUGAAGUGGACGGCCAAUGGGUUAUUAUGGAUGUGUUGGAUACGGCUGGACAAGAGGAAUUCAGCGCGAUGCGUGAGCAAUACAUGAGAAGUGGACGCGGUUUCCUGUUGGUUUAUUCAGUGACUGAUAUGCGUAGUUUUGAAGAGACACCAAAAUUAUACGAACAAGUUUUACGAGUGAAGGAUAAAUCCGAAUAUCCUGUUUUAUUAGUUGCGAAUAAGAUUGAUUUAGUGAAUCAACGUAAAGUAAGUGAAGAACAAGGUCGAGAGCUAGCAGAUCGCCUGAAAGUGCCCUAUAUCGAAACGUCAGCCAAAGACCCACCGGUGAAUGUCGACGCCGCAUUCCACGAACUUGUUCGCAUCGUUAAAAGCUUCCCGAGCGAUGAAGAUGUUGAAACCGAUACCAGUUCCUCACUGCGAAACAGUAGUCGAAAGGGUCGAAAAUCAAAAAAACAGUGUCGAAUGAUGUAG